AAACAGCACUUUGUAGUGAAUUUUCAACUGGAAAUUCUUCUUGGGACAACACUUCGCGGACUCUGCGUGUUAUUCUUAAUAAUUUCCUGGAAAAUGUCUGGCCAAGUUGCCAUCGAGGAUGGCAAUUGCAUGAUAGGCUACCACACAGACACAGAUGCUAGGCGGUUCUUCUCUGAUUUGGAGGCAAGGCAGAGAAACGUCUUGCCUGAGUACUUGAAGAAUCUCCUCUUCCUCAACGGCUUCGCUUCCAAGGCGACCUUUUGUAGUGUGAAAGAGGAAGAUUUUCACGCUAUGGAGAAGAUGUGUCAGGAAGAGAUGCCUAGCUUCUGUCCACGCACACCAGAGUUCUUCUCUUACUUCGCUUCGUGCACGGAACACUUCAAGAUUCCUCUCGGACACCGAAGACUCCUGUUGAACUGUAUCCAAGCGGAUUUGGACACUGUUUCGGACAAGAGAGAGCCUACAGGAGCCUAUCUGAGACAGCAGUCGAUCGAGAGCUGUAAAGCGGAGCCUCUGGAUCCCUUGCAGUGCAAGGAGUUGCCGCACGAGAGUCAAUUUCCAGUCACAGUGUUGGGAUUGAGGCAGAAAAUCCAGAGUUUCUUUGAGCGAAAUGACAUGGAACACACCAUUGACGCGGACGAGCUGGACAUCAGCAUCCGGUAUGGCGAGAACGAUGUGUUCGGCUGCGUGUUUUGUUCGCAGUGCGACAAGGAGGUGAGAUUGAGCCAAGAUGCCAGGCGCAAGCGGAAAAACGGAAUGCCCGUCAUCUCAGUCUCCAACUACGUGAAUCACAUCAAGAGGAAUCACUAUAAGAAUCUGCGCUCCAGAAAGUCUGACGCUCCGGACAGUGAUUCAAACACUUCGGAAGACACGCUGAAGCGCAAGCGAACAAAAGGCGAAAAUGUUAGCGUGAAGAGUGAGUUUGAAGAUGAUUGA